CCCUGUGAACAAAGGUGUAAAUAUCGAUUUAAUUGCUUUCCUCUACAUUCCUCUUCAUAUUUUGCAAAUUGUUGUUUACUCAAUGGCUUGCCAGUGCAUAGUUGGAGGACUGAUUGCCUUUCUACUUGUGUUGCUUUUCUUGUACAAUUAUAUUUUCACUCUAGUAAAAGGAUUCAACAAGGCAAGAACUUCUUUAUCUAUGCACUUUCCAAAAUGUACAAACAAAACAGGAAAUGCCAAGGUUGUUGGGAAUGGGAGUACUACAGACGUUAUCAUAGUUGGUGCUGGAGUUGCUGGUUCUGCUCUUGCUUAUACUCUUGGAAAAGACGGACGUCGAGUGCAAGUGGUUGAAAGAGACUUAAACGAGCCCAACAGAAUUGUUGGUGAAGCUUUAAUUCCAGGUGGCUACCUCAAGUUGAUUGAGUUGGGUCUUCAAGAUUGUGCGGAUAAGAUUGAUGCUCAGCGGCUAUUUGGUUUUGUCAUGUACAAGGAUGGAAAGUAUGUAAAGUUGCCUUAUCCUUUGAAAAUUUUUGACUCAGAUGUGAGUGGAAGAAGCUUUCAUAAUGGACGUUUUGUACAAAAGAUGCGGAACAAAGCUGCAUCUCUUCCCAACGUUAGCCUAGAACAGGGGACAGUAACAUCUCUGCUCGAAGAAAAUGGCACUAUCAAAGGAGUACACUACAAAACUAAGAGUGGUCAACAGCUCACAGCAUUUGCUCCUCUCACAAUUGUAUGCGAUGGUUGUUUCUCAAAUUUGCGACGCUCUCUUUUCAACCCUAAGGUUGAUAUCCCCUCUCAUAGUGUUGGUUUUAUAAUGGAGAACUGUGAUCUUCCAUAUGCAAAUUAUGGUCAUUAUAUAGUGGUGAAUCCUUCAGUUGUACUGUUUUAUAGUAUUAGUAGCACUGAAGUUCGUUGCCUGGUAGAUGUACCAAGCCAAAAACUACCUUCCGUUUGCAAUGGUGAAAUGGCCCAUUAUUUGAAAACUGUGGUGGCUCCGCAGAUUCCUCAGGAAUUGUACGCUGCCUUUAUCUCUGCAAUAGAUAAGGGGAAUAACAUAAGAACCAUGCCGAAUAGAGUCAUGGCUGCAGCUCCACACCCAACUCCUGGUGCACUUUUGAUGGGUGAUGCAUUCAAUAUGCGGCAUUCUUUUACUGGUGGGGGAAUGACUGUUGCCCUGUCUGAUGUUGUUGUGCUAAGGGAUCUUCUAAGACCCCUGCAUGAUCUAUCUGAUUCAUCUGCCCUUUGCAAGUAUCUUGAGACCUUUUUUAUCCUCAGGAAGCCAAUGGCAUCCACGAUAAAUAUAUUGGCUCACGUUAUGCACAGGGUGAUUAGCAAUUCCUCGUCUGAUCCGGAAAUUGAUGGAAUGCGCCAAGCAUGCUUAGGCUAUUUAAGCCUUGGAGGCAGAUUUUCAAAUGGACUGAUGGCUCUACUCUCUGGUCUGAAUUCCCGUCCAUUAAGCUUACUGCUUCACUUCCUUGCCAUAUCAAUAUAUGGUGUUGGCCGCUUGUUGCUUCCAUUUCCUUCACCCAAACGCAUGUGGACCGGGGCUAGAUUCAUUUGGGUUGCAUCAGGCAUCCUUUUCCCCCUUAUAAAGUCCGAAGGGGUAAGGCCAAUGUUUUUUCCCCUAACUAUGCCAGCGUAUUACAGAGCUUCUCCUGUCAAGAAUAAAGAAUAAGGAUACAGGAAAAAUGUUUUGUGGUGAGAAAGGGAUACCUGCCGGGAAGUUCACAGGCUAGCAAUGGAAGAAAAUUGCUGCUAAAUAAUAUUAGCUCUUCUUUUCCCUGUCCUGUCCUAUAAUAGUAAAUUUGUACAAACUGAAAUAAAUGUCGACUUGACAUAUCAGACAUAUAUAUAUGUAUGUAACAUGCAAGUUGCCCCCACACAGGAUCGAAAAAUGGGCUUUAAGUUUACAAGAAUGAUCUUGAAUUUGUCGUCAGACAUUUCCCUAGAAUGGGUUGGCUUUGGGGUAUGUUUGGACUUUUGGGCAAAGAUUCCUGAGCUCUGACAAAAACUUAAGCCGAAUAAAGGUUUUGGGCUAGACUUUGCCUAAUGACAAAGUAAACAGAAAUACUUAACCAUUUUGGGACAGUGACGUGAAAAGCAAGACCAUCAACAAUUGGGUCCAAAUUAGUAGCCCUCUCUUUAGAUGCCCAAUAGGAGUCAUGGCUUGGCUUAGACAAACUAGACUAGAAAAAAGACAAAAGAAGAAAAAUUGACAAGAUAGGGGUAGUAAUGAAGGACAUUCGUCUGUCUUUUUAAUUGCCACAAUUUUUUUGUUUUUUUGGUAAGAGAGGCUAUU